AUGGAUCAACAUUGUCGGUUUCUGCAUCUUCUUAACUCCUGCAUUUCUGCUUUGUCUUUCCUGCCACCUUCCACUUCUACAGUGCCAGACUCUGCCAAUUUCGACUCCGUCCCUUCUCACCCUCCUGCCAACCCCAGCGUCACCCCAACAGUACCCCCAAGCAGUGGCGAUGGCAAGCGUGCCCACUGUGGAGUCCAGCCUCAGACCACUCUACAGACUCCACUCCAGCCGCGCCACCCGGCCAGAGAGGUGCCCCCGCGCUUCCGCCAGCAGGAGCACAAGCAGCUACUGAAGAGGGGUCAGCCACUCCCCCCAGGGACCCUGACGCUCACGUCUACAGGAUAUCCCACCACCCCUGAAGCCGCAGUAGCCAGUAACCUUGAUUCUUCCUCAACUAAUCUGCCCUCAGAACUGCCCCCACAGAGCAGCCAGGGAGCCCAGUAUGAUAAUCCCCGCUGGGGGCACCUGCAAGUUGAGAGAAGUGCCACAAGUGCUGCAACUUCCACUAGUUGCAGUGAUCAACUGAUCAUUGACCAGAAGGAUACAGAAGCUUGGCCUUCUAUCACUCUUAGCCAGAACAAAGCCCCUGAAGGAAGAUGCUCUUCGGAGACUGACCCUGGUCACUUGACCAGCAGCAGUAGCACUUGUAGUACCAGUAGUAACAGUAGUAGUACUAGUAAUAAUAGUGAUUGGUGUUGUAGAACAAGUAUGGCCACAGGGGCCAAUGGCCAGACAGGCCACUUCCCUGUCAACCACCUAAGCAGUAAGGCCAACACUGGACUCAGCCCUGCCAAUCAUACUGGAACCAACAUGCACUCAAGCCAGGUUGCAGCCAGUCGAAGCUGGGGCUCUGGGUCUGGACCGUCUCUGUCCUCAGUGAGCAGUGAAGGGAAAAAUGACAGUCCAGCGGGAAUGGGGAGCAGCAGAGGUUGGGGGUCUUCAUCAUCCUCCAACACCAACUGUAACUUGAACUUGAACCCUAAUGCUAAUCCAUCUGCGUGGCCUGUGUUGGGCCAUGAUGCGGGUGCAGCAGGGGUAGGCAGCUCAGGGGGAGGCAAUGUCAUUUCACCCCCUCAAUCUACAUCCAACUUCUGUAAUCCUACUGGCCCCCAAACAUCCCAGACCAGCACUUAUACUGGAGCCAACACUAACAGUAACUCUUCGGGUAUUGGCAGUGCCUGGGGUAGCAUAAUGACCUCUGAUGCAUCAGAGCCACACCCUUCUGCAUCCACGAAUGUGUCUUUCAGUUCAGAACCUCAGAACCUUAAAACUGAUGGACCAAAUCACAUUAAUAAGCAGGAACAACCUAGUCCCAUUCACCACCUGCCAAGUUGGGGCAACGCACCUGUUGGCCUGGGUACUGUAAAUCAACCGGCAUCAGGGGCCAAACAGGUCAAUGGAGAAGAUAAUACUUCUGUUUGGGGUAUUGGUAGUGACCCAAAGGCACAGUCACCUAAGGAGUUAUCUGGCUGGGACUCUGGCUGGAGCCAGAGUGGAAAUGGGUCAGGAAAUUCUGGAGGCUGGGGUGAACAGUCAAGUGGAGACUGGAGCAAGAAGCAAAAUGAAGACGCUCAGGGAGGCUGGGAUGGCCCCAGCUCUCCCCCCCAGGACCCACAAAAUAGUUCUUGGAAGAGAGCUGUGAGCACAACUGCCGCCAGUGAAGGAAGCAGUGACAGCAUGGAAGGACAUCCUAGGUCCAAACAUCAUUCAUCCAGAGAGCCCCCUGCUCCUCUGCUGCCUGCCCAGGAUCUCGACCCUAGGGUAUUAUGUAAUACUGGAUGGGGACAGACCCCUGUCCGCCAGCACACCUCCUGGGACAUGGACAAUACUAAAACCAAGAAUGACAUUGCCACUGAAUCCUGGGACUCACAAACUGGUCCUUGUGAUGCCCAGGGGCCUUCUAAUACUAAUACAGGUCCACCGCAAAGAACUGACACUGGGAGCAAAAAUGAGGUGCCUGCUUCUCAGGGAGCUUCUGGUUGGGGAGGAAACUUAGCUGCUAGCAACCAGCCCAGCUCUGGCUGGGGAGAUCAAUCCAACAACAUUAAGCCCCCAAGUGGUCCAGGUGGCUGGGGAAAUCUACCAAAAGGAGGCCCUACCUCUAGUAUCCCCAAGAAUAGUGGUCAGUCUUGGGGUGAAGAGAAGUCAGCAGGGUGGGAGGAUUCGCAUGGUAAGCCAACAACCCAGAACUGGGGAGAACAACCUAAACCACCCCACAGCUGGGGCAAUAGCGGAGGAAGCAACUCUGCAAAUGACUGGGGAGAACCUGAAGAUAGAAAAAAGAAUCUACCUAACGCUGCCUGGGAGGGAGAAACAGGGGGCUGGAAGGAAACUCCUCGUGGCUGGGGAAUGCCUUCAUCAGGGCAAGGGAUGUCUGGUACUGCAGGCAAAGCAGGCUGGGGAGAGCCUGUUAGCCCGCGACCCAGUGGCCCUCCCCAGGGUUGGGUAGGCAAAUCUCAGGAUGGACCCGGUAGUAGCAUAGGAGGGGGGAUGGGCUCAUGGAGUGCUCCAGGCUCUGUGAAGCAAGGCUGGACCGGCAGUAAGCAGGAGUCCUCAGCUGAACCUACUGGUUGGGAAGAGCCGUCUCCCCCCUCAAUCCGACGCAAGAUGGAGAUAGAUGAUGGGACCUCCGCCUGGGGUGAUCCUGGUACCUAUAACAAAUCAGUAAACCUGUGGGACAGGAACAAUCCAGGAAUGUCCCAAGCCAAAGCUACUGCUGGAGGCAAUAACCUUAUAGGCCCCAACAGCAGUCAUCCUCACUCUCACAAUCACGCUUAUCAAGGACCUCCUGCACCUUUACAGAAUCAUGUCCAAAAUUCCCCAAACCCAGGUCCGACAAGUGGGUCAGUGGAUCCUAUUUUGCAGCACCACUCGGGGUCAUCUCACAACAGGGGCCCUCUCAUUGCUCAAGGUUGGGGAGAGCUACCCAGCUCCCACUCUAAGCCGGAAAGCUCCUGGGGGGAAGCUACACCCUCAGCAGUCAACGUGGACAACGGUACAUCUGCCUGGGGAAAACCAACUGGGGGCCCUACUGGCUGGGGCGAUGGUAACCCAGACAACUACAGCAGGGGUAACCCAGCUAUGACAUCUGCAUCUUGCAAACCCGCCGCCAAACCUAUGCAAGACGGAUGGGGAGGCGGUGGUGAUGAGUUGAUCCUCUCAGGAGGCCAGUGGGAUGCAGAAGAGGGAGACAUGUGGAACAGCACUGCUUCCCAGGAGAGCAACUCCUCCACUAACUCUUGGGGAAACGCACCCAAAAAGAUCCAACAAAAGGUAAAAGUACCAGGGAAGCCAGAAGAUACCUGGAUUAUGAAUCGUCUUAUCAAACAGCUGACAGACAUGGGCUUCCCGCGGGAUCCGGCUGAAGAGGCUUUAAAGAGCAACAACAUGAACCUGGACCAGGCCAUGAGUGCCCUGCUGGAGAAGAAAACCGAACUGGAUAAGCGGGGGAUGGGAAUGACUGGCCACGACUACAAUGGGCUGAUCAACAAAACCAUGGGCUGCCCUCGACCUCCACUUCUCUCCAAAGAACCCUCCACGGAUCCUCGCUCACCCUUCAUGGAUAAACAAAUGCAGAGUGGAAUGUUUGGUGGUGGAGCAGCACAAGCCCGGGCCAUGGCUCAGCCGCCUCCUCAGCCGCCAGUGCCGCCUCUCGGCUCCUCUCAGCCUAGUCUACGCGCUCAAGUGCCUCAGUUUCUCUCCCCUCAGGUUCAAGCACAGCUAUUACAGUUUGCAGCAAAAAACAUUGGUCUGAAUCCUGCACUUUUAACCUCACCAAUAAACCCUCAACAUAUGACCCUUCUCAAUCAACUCUACCAGCUGCAACUGGCUUACCAGCGUUUACAAAUUCAGCAGCAGAUGUUACAGGCGCAGCGCAAUGUUUCUGGACCCAUUCGACAACAAGAGCAGCAAGUUGCACGUACAAUCAAUAACAUGCAGCAGCAGAUCCAACAGCAUCAGCGUCAGUUGGCCCAGGCUCUGCUAAUGAAGCAGCAGCAGCAACAACAACAGCAGCAGCAGCAGCCUCCCCACUCUCACACGGGCCUACAUCAUGGCGGGACCAAAUCCAACCUUGAUUCAUUUCCAGGCCACCCCCAGGCUCCGGGCCUCCCUGACCUGCAGACCAAAGAGCCGCAGUCUUCUCAAAAUACUUACAGCCCCUAUUCUCUCUCUGGGCUGAAUCCAAACAUGAAUGUAAACUGCAUGGAGGUGGGUAUGUCUAUGAAGGACCCACCCCAACCUCAGUCGCGCCUGUCGCAGUGGACUCAUCCCAACGCGAUGGAAAGCCUCUCUGGAGGCUCCUCUCCCUUAGAACCCAACAUGAGUAAACAUGGUACCAAUCUGGGCCCUCCUGGCAAGCCUCCUCAGCUGGAUGACUCUUACAGCCCUUAUAACCUUAUGUCCAGCUCGGAGUCUCCGACUAGCCCCCUCGUGCCUCCAGACAGCUGGGGGCAAGCAAAGGGCAGCAGUGACAAGCUGGCCAAUGGGACAAACAUCAACUGGCCCCCAGAGUUCUGCCCAGGCGUACCAUGGAAGGGUCUACAAAAUAUCGACCCAGAGACGGACCCCAACAUGACACCGGGUAGUGUUCCGAGUGGUCCCACAAUCAACACUAACAUCCAAGAUGUCAACCGCUAUCUGUUGCGUGACAGAAGUGCGGGUAAACUGUCAGAGAUGAAAUCCACUUGGUCCCCAGGUCCAAUCUCCCACAGUCAAGCCUCUCUAUCCCAUGACAUGUGGAAGGUUCCUCAGGGACCCAGAAGCAGCUCUACAGCCCCCUCACGUCCCCCGCCUGGUCUCACCAAUACCAAGCCGUCCUCAACGUGGGGGGGCAACUCUCUUGGUCUGUCUCAAGGCUGGAGUAGCUCUUACACUACAGCAGGUACCACAUGGAGUACAGACAGCUCCAGCAGAACCAGUAGUUGGUUGGUUCUGAGGAACCUGACUCCACAGAUUGACGGUUCAACUCUGCGCACACUGUGCAUGCAGCACGGCCCUCUCAUCACAUUCCACCUCAACCUGACACAGGGCAAUGCUGUGGUGCGGUACAGCUCCAAGGACGAAGCUGCCAAGGCUCAAAAGUCCCUGCACAUGUGCGUGCUCGGGAACACCACCAUUCUGGCAGAGUUUGCCGGAGAAGAGGAAGUGAAUCGCUUCUUUGCACAGGGCCAGUCGCUCGGCGGGAUGACCAGCUGGCAAGCCACUCCAGGCGCCAAUCAGACCAGGAUGGGCGGCUCCGGGUCCGCGACAUCUCACCCCAUGGGCCACGCGCCCCACUGGAACAACAACAACAAUGGCAGCGGGGGCUCCGGCGGCGGAAAGUCCGGCGGGGAGAUGCUGUGGGGUGGCGUGCAGCAGUAUUCCAGCCUGUGGGGUCCCCCAAGUGGAGAGGAGGCUCGGGUGAUGGGCAGUCCUAGCCCCAUCAAUACGCUGCUGCCUGGAGACCUGCUGAGCGGGGAGUCCAUGUGA